UUUCCUCCAAUUGUAGACUUCUCCUAGGAGUCGCGGAGGAAGGAGAGUUUUAGGGACUUUAUUGGUCCCCAUUUAUAGGGUUAGCAUUUGUUUUUAUUAUUUAUUAUUAUUAUUAUAUUUGUUUCCCUUCCCAUCGUUUGAUGAGCGAUUAUUGUUUAGGUUCUUCAUCCAGAUAAAUAGAUAAAAUUGGAGCAUGGCAACGGCGGAGCCAGCACCUUCAUCCCUUGGUCCCCGAUAUGCACCUGAUGAUCCCACUCUCCCAAAACCCUGGAAGGGUUUGAUUGAUGGAAGCACGGGUGUGUUAUACUACUGGAAUCCAGAAACUAAUGUCACUCAGUAUGAAAAACCGCCUACUUUGCCUCCACCAUUGCCUCCUGGGCCACCCCCCGCUGUUUCUACGCCGAAGCUUGCUCCAAUUCCUGUGGCUCAGCAUGGGCAGCAAAUUGCCCAAACUUCACAACAACAGCAGGCUCAGCAAGUGAGUCAGCAUGGACAUCUAAUACCACAACAGCAGAGUCCCCUUGUGGCACCUGUUACUCACCAGCAGGGUUCACAUAUGCCUCAUGCUGGGCAACAACAGAAUCCACAAUUGGCUCAGGCCAUGCAACAGCAGCAUGGACAGGUGGCAUUAACGCAGCAGCAAUUGAUGCAGCAUCCAGGUCAGCAAAUGCCGCAUAUGAUUCAACAAUUACCCCAGCAAUCAGGCCAGCAUGCUUUGCAGCAGCCAGGACAGCAAUUGCCCCAGCAAGCCAUCCAUCAAAUGCCCCACCAAAUUGGGCAACAAGCACCACAGAGUCAAGGUGCCCAAAUGACGCAACCACAAGCACAACAAUUUACACAUCAGCAGCUCCAGUAUAUGGCUUAUCAGCUGAGCAUGCUUCCUCAAGGACAACAAAGUUCACAGCAACAGACUCAGCAUAGUGCACAAGGGCAAACAUUUGCAAAUCAACAAGAGUAUAAAUCAGCGUUCCCUAAGAGGGAAGAAGAUGAUUUUCAGAACAGAAAUCAAAUUGGAUUUUCACCUUCCCACUUCCAACAAGCUGGCGUCUCAGCUGUUCAGAACCUUGCUGCUGGAACCAAUUCAGCUCAGAUGUCUCAGAUCAGUGUUCAUUCAGGUCAAACCCAGCAGUUUGGUGGCCCUUUACGCAAUAUGCAACAGCCUUCCUCCAUGGGUCAAAUGCAGCCAACUGGUUCUGAUUUGCACCAUCCACAGGGUCCUAGGUUCCAAAAUGAGAGGGAUCUAUCAGCGAUGCACAACCAGCAGUCUAACAUGCCACCUGUUGGAUUAAGGAUAGGACAGGAUAAUAAUUUGCAUAACCGAAGUGGAAAUGAAUAUUAUCAGCAGCCCAAGCUUGCUGCCAUUCCAAUGGCAAGAAGUCAGCAGGAUAUGCAAAUAAGUGGAAUUCCAUAUCCUAGUGCAGCAUCUGGUCAUGCCAAUGCAAUGAAUAGUGGUGCGGGCCAUACCAUGCAUAACAUGUACAAUCAUGGAACAGCUGGUCCACAAUUCACAAAUAAUGCUAUGACGAAGCCUCCUUAUAUUGGAGCUACUGAUGUUACUACUCUCUCACCUGCUGAAGUUUAUCGUCAGCAGAAUGAAGUGACUGCAACGGGUGACAAUGUUCCUGCACCAUUUGUGACAUUUGAGGCCACUGGUUUUCCUCCAGAGAUACUGAGAGAGAUUUAUUCUGCUGGCUUCUCGUCUCCCACACCAAUUCAGGCACAGACAUGGCCAAUUGCUCUUCAAAGUAGGGACAUUGUUGCAAUUGCUAAAACUGGUUCUGGAAAAACGUUGGGCUAUUUGAUCCCUGCCUUUAUUCUUCUUAGACAACGGCACAAUAAUCCUCAGAAUGGCCCAACAGUGUUGGUUUUAGCUCCAACCCGCGAGCUUGCCACACAAAUACAAGAUGAGGUCAUCAAAUUUGGCCGAUCAUCAAGGGUCUCUUGCACGUGCCUGUAUGGUGGAGCUCCUAAGGGUCCUCAGCUAAAAGAAUUAGACCGUGGAGCAGAUAUAGUUGUUGCAACUCCAGGUCGGCUUAAUGACAUACUAGAAAUGAAGAAGAUUGACUUUGGGCAAGUUUCACUUCUUGUGCUUGAUGAGGCAGAUCGAAUGCUUGAUAUGGGUUUUGAACCCCAAAUCCGUAAGAUUGUGAAUGAAAUACCUCCACGCAGACAAACUCUCAUGUAUACUGCAACCUGGCCCAAAGAAGUAAGAAAGAUAGCAGGUGAUCUUCUUGUUAAUCCUGUCCAAGUGAACAUUGGCAGUGUCGAUGAGCUUGCUGCAAACAAGGCUAUCACACAGUAUGUUGAAGUUGUCCUGCAAAUGGAAAAGCAGAGGCGCUUGGAGCAGAUCCUUAGAGCACAGGAGCGGGGUUCUAAGGUCAUCAUUUUUUGUUCCACUAAGAGAUUGUGCGAUCAGCUUACACGUAGUAUUGGUUGUAAUUUUGGUGCUGCUGCUAUUCAUGGAGACAAAUCUCAAGGUGAGAGAGACUGGGUUUUAAAUCAGUUCCGAAGUGGAAAGUCCCCAGUAUUAGUCGCGACUGAUGUUGCUGCCCGUGGGCUUGACAUCAAGGACAUAAGGGUCGUGAUUAACUAUGAUUUCCCUACUGGGGUUGAGGACUAUGUUCACAGAAUUGGGAGAACUGGGAGGGCUGGUGCAACUGGAGUAUCUUAUACCUUCUUCUCCGAGCAGGAUUGGAAAUAUGCAGCUGAUUUAAUAAAAGUUCUGGAAGGAGCAAACCAGUGUGUGCCCCCAGAGGUGCGUGAGAUUGCUAUGCGUGGUGGGCCUGGUUUUGGCAAAGAUAGGGGUGCGAUGAAUCGUUUUGAUUCUGGUAGUGGUGGUGGUCGUUGGGAUUCUGGCGGUCGCGGUGGCAUGAGGGAUGCUGGGUUUGGAGGCCGUGGUGGUAUGAGGGAUGGCAAUUUUGGUAGUCGCAGUGGCUCGAGGGACAUUGGUUUUGGUGGUCGUGGUGGUCCUAGAGAUGGUGCCAUAAGCAGCUAUGGUGGGAGGGGAGAUUUCUUUUCUGGGCGUGGUAACAGGGGACGUGGAUUUGGUGGCCCUGGGGGUGGUCAUGGGGGUUGGGGUAGAAAUGAACGUCCCCUGCAUGAUAGGUACAAUAACAUGGAUGUACGCGGAGGACGUGGGCGUGGACGGGGUCGAUUUGAUAAUAGAAGGGACAUGGGUGGUAGGAACAGCAGAGGCAGAAGCUAUAGCCGUAGCCCUGAAAGAGUUAGAACGUGGGGUUAUAGCAGAAGCCAAAGUCGAAGUUGGAGCCGCAGCCGCAGCCGCAGCCGUAGCCGCAGCCACUCCAGAAGGAGGAGCUGGACUAGGAGCCGGAGUAGGAGUCGUAGUCGGAGCUGGUCUCGUGGUCGUAGUCGCAGUCCAAGCCGCAGCCGCAGUCGCAGCCACAGUAAUGACAGAUGCAGGAGGCAACAGGAGCGCAGCUUGGAUCAAAAUGAUUCUACAAACCCAGAAGUCGAAGCUCCUGAGUCGGGGUUGUCGCCCAUGUCCCCAGGUACACAAGGCAAUGCAUUUCCAGCUGAAGUUGUGGGACAUGUACCAGUAGUUGAGAAUUCUGAGGCAGGCUCAGAGAACCCGGGCCAGCAAUCAACUACCGAAUAGGAGCGGCCCAACUUCAUUGGACAAAGGCUGAAAAAAAUUAUGUAACCUUUUUAAUUAAAUGAUAUUUUUAAUAAUUGUUAAUUAAUUUAUGUUAACAUUGUAUUAUUUAAAUUUAUUUUUUUUAA